GUGGUUCCAGGUCUAAUAUAGCUCCUAGUCUCGCUGGAUCCGGCAGUUCAGCUCACUGGGACCACAUUGAGGACCGCCGUGAGAGGCAGACACAGAAAGUCAAAGACUCCCGAGUCCAAGGAACCAUGCGCGAAUGCAUCUCAGUCCAUGUCGGCCAGGCCGGCGUCCAGAUGGGGAACACCUGCUGGGAGCUCUACUGUCUGGAACAUGGCAUCCAGCCAGAUGGUCAGAUGCCCAACCCCAAGGCCAUAGGUGGAAGCGACGACUCCUUCACCACUUUCUUCAGUGAGACCGGAGCUGGGAAGUACGUCCCUAGAGCGAUCUUUGUAGACCUGGAACCCACAGUUGUCGAUGAGGUGCGUACAGGCACAUACCGCCAGCUCUUUCACCCCGAGCAGCUGAUUUCUGGGAAAGAAGACGCUGCCAACAACUAUGCGCGUGGACACUACACCAUUGGCAGGGAGAUCAUUGACUCGGUCCUCGACAGGAUGCGCAAACUGUCUGACCAAUGCACUGGUCUCCAAGGGUUCUUGGUUUUCCAUUCCUUUGGUGGAGGCACCGGCUCAGGCUUCACUUCCCUCCUCAUGGAAAGGCUGUCUGUAGAUUAUGGUAAAAAGUCCAAGCUUGAGUUUGCUAUCUACCCAGCACCCCAGGUUUCAACAGCAGUCGUAGAGCCUUACAACUCCAUUCUCACCACUCACACCACCCUGGAGCACUCCGACUGUGCCUUCAUGGUUGACAACGAAGCCAUCUAUGACAUCUGUCGCAGGAACCUCGAUAUUGAACGUCCGUCCUACACCAAUCUCAACCGGCUGAUCAGUCAGAUAGUGUCGUCCAUCACGGCCUCUCUUCGCUUUGACGGAGCCCUGAACGUUGACCUGACAGAGUUCCAGACCAACUUGGUGCCCUACCCUCGUAUCCACUUCCCUCUGGCGACAUAUGCCCCGGUCAUCUCUGCUGAGAAGGCCUACCAUGAGCAACUCUCUGUGGCUGAAAUCACCAACGCCUGCUUUGAGCCAGCCAAUCAGAUGGUGAAGUGUGACCCUCGUCAUGGUAAAUACAUGGCCUGCUGUCUGCUGUACCGUGGGGAUGUGGUGCCCAAAGAUGUUAAUGUGGCCAUUGCCGGCAUCAAGACCAAGCGCGCUAUCCAGUUUGUGGACUGGUGUCCCACGGGCUUCAAGGUGGGCAUCAACUACCAGCCUCCAACAGUGGUUCCUGGAGGAGAUCUGGCCAAAGUGCAGAGAGCGGUGUGCAUGCUGAGCAACACCACAGCCAUCGCUGAGGCCUGGGCUCGUUUGGACCACAAGUUUGACCUGAUGUAUGCCAAGAGGGCCUUUGUGCAUUGGUAUGUGGGAGAGGGAAUGGAGGAGGGAGAGUUCGCUGAGGCCAGGGAAGAUAUGGCCGCCCUGGAGAAGGAUUAUGAAGAAGUCGGGAUCGACUCCUUUGAAGAAGAGGAGGACGGAGAAGAAUAUUAAACAUCUGGCUAUCCUUCACUCUCAGGGGCAAAUAUCUGCGUUCAAUAGUUAGGAUUUGUGUUAUGAUGACAGCAGUCGUCAAUAUUGGCCUUGAAUCAUCAUUUUCAAACGGUUUGAAUUUUGCUGUGACCUAUUAAAUCUUUCAGAAUGCA